GCAAGGUGUGGGGGAAAUUUAGCUAUUAGAGUAGCAGGGUCAUGAAGAAGAGGAGGCGGCGGGAGGAAGGAGGAGGUGGUGGGGGCGUGAAAUUGCGGUAGCUGCCCGCUGGGCUGGUGGUUUGACUUUGUGGGAAGGGCGUAGCUCCUACUCUUUCUUGGGGCAGUGGCCGGGGCUCGGGGCUGAGACCGGCUUUAGGGCCGCCUCCCCGGGCCCCCUGGCUCCGCCAUGUUCCGCAGGGCACGCCUAAGCGUGAAGCCGAAUGUCAGGCCUGGCGUAGGCUCUAGGGGCUCCACUGUCCCCAACCCCCAGCGUGGACUAGAGACUCCCAAGCCUCCAGAACCUUCAGUAGCAUCUACUCCAAAGCCAGCGGAAUCUACAGAUGUGUCCCCAGUGGAUUUCGGGGGAGCGGAGCCCCAAGAAAAGACUCCCGGGAAUAGUGAAAAAAAGACUGAUGGGGACAGUGAUGUUGAAGAAACCACUAAAUCUUCCUCUGCUGUUUCACAGAGAAAAAAACGAAUAUCAAGUACUUCUAAUUCGGUUAAGCCUAAUGUCAGCAUUCCUUCAGAACCUCAUCCCUUAUCUACAGUUAGUCAAGAAGCUCUGCAGUCUAAUUCCAUCCCAUCCAAACAGAAACAGCCAUGUUCCGACAGAUAUCGAAUAUAUAAAGCCCAGAAACUGAGAGAAAUGUUAAAGGAAGAAUUGAGAAAAGAAAAGAAGCAAUGGAAAAACAAAUAUGUAAUAAAUGAAAGUCAGAGACCUCCAGAUCGUUCAAAAAUGACUAUGAGAGACUUCAUAUAUUACCUGCCAGAUAACAACCCAAUGACUUCUUCCCUGGAGCAAGAAAAGAAAGUUGAAAAAUCAUUGCCACCAGUCCAGACAAGAGAACAAGAAGGUAAAAGUACCGCUGAUACUGAAGAUAAUGAAGAAACAGAAGAAGAAACAGAUGAUGGACCGUUGUUGGUUCCUCGAGUAAAAGUGGCUGAAGAUGGUUCUAUUAUUUUGGAUGAGGAAAGUUUAACUGUAGAAGUUUUAAGGACAAAAGGCCCUUGUGUUGUUGAGGAAAAUGACCCCAUAUUUGAGCGUGGCUCUACAACUACGUAUUCCAGUUUUAGGAAAAACUAUUACUCUAAACCAUGGUCAAAUAAAGAAACUGAUAUGUUCUUUUUAGCCAUCAGCAUGGUAGGAACUGAUUUUUCAAUGAUUGGACAACUUUUUCCUCAUAGAGCAAGGAUAGAAAUUAAGAAUAAAUUUAAACGUGAAGAGAAGACAAAUGGAUGGAGAAUAGAUAAAGCAUUUCAGGAAAAGCGUCCUUUUGACUUCGAUUUUUUUGCUCAUUUGCUUCAGAAAGUUCUUGCUGAAGAAGAGAAAAGAAAACAAAAGUCUGUUAAAAAUCAGAAUGUUUUAAAGAAAUCCUCUAAACCACGGAAAAAUGUAAAAGUGAAAAAAAUUGCCAGUGAAGAAGUGAAUGAUGAUCCAGAUGAAUCUAUGAGUACUAAAAUCUCAGACACAGAAGGAUCUCCAGAGGAUGUGCAAGCUGUCAAUCAUUCUAUAGUUGAAGAAGAAGAACAGACUCUGACUUUAUCGGGACAGAAUUUAGAACAGGUUGUAUUGGAACCAGACCCAAAUCAAAAGAAAAAAAGAAAGAAAAAUCAGGAUGAAGCUGGCAAACAGGAAGUAAAAGACAUUUCAGGAAAUGCUACUGUUCAGUCAGGCCCUUCUAAAGGAGAAAAACAGAAAAAUAAAUCUCAUUCUUUAAGGCCUGAGAUAGAUGAAGGUGAAGGCAAUAAGGAGCAGACGCUUUCCUGCAUUCAGAAUAUAGAUGACAUUGUGGGUUUUCCCUCUGAUGAAAAAGUUGAGGAAAGAAUUGAUCCUAUUCUUUCAUCAAGUAAUCAACAAGAUGCCAUGUCUGUAGGCAGUGAGACUUUAGAAUCAAGCAUUUUGGAUUUACCUUCAUCAGAAGUUGGAAUUCAUGCACUGUGUUUGGAGAAUAAUGCUGAGAUUAAUUCUACAGAAGAAAGAAAUGUUGACUUAAGUAAAAAAUUGGAAACUGACCAAGCAGAAAAUGUAAAACCAAUGGUAAGAGGACGAUUCCAGAGACCCAAACCAAAUUUAUCAAGGGCAGUUGGGAAGAAAUCAGUUCUUUCACAAGGUAAAACAGAUGCAGAGAGCAAGAGUUUACAUCCAGAAACUUCAAUUGAAAAGGAUAACAUGGAAAUUGAUAAAAUGAAUACAUUUGAUAUUUCUGGAAUGGAGAAUACAGAGAAAGAAAAUCCAGAGACUGAGGCUGUAUCUAAUUUGAGUGACAAGACUGGUCUGCAGGCAGAUGAACAACCAAAGACUUUAAGACCGGCACAACUAAUGAGAGGCCGAUUGCAGAGGCCAAAACCAAAUGUCAGUAAAGCUGCUGAAAGAAAAGAAACUCUUACAUCACAGGAAAAAACAGGGGAUAAUGUACAAAAGAUUGAAAAUGAAACCUGCAUUGAUGAAGAUAUUUCUGAACAAAUAGAAGAUCAGCCAUGUAAAAAUGUUGACUGUGAAGAAGUUACAUCACAAUCUGAGAAAAUACAGCCAGAUGAGCCCAAGGUUCUUAAUGAAUGUCUAAGUAUUCAAGAGGAUAAUAAUGCAAAUAAACUCAAGCAUGUUCCAAUUCUAAAGAGUCGAUUUCAAAAGCCAAAGCCAAAUAUAGGAAAAGGAAUUGGAAGAAAGGAUAUCUUAUGUAGGGGAGAAGUGCCAGAGGAGACACUUGCCUCUCAGGAAGUGACAAUAUCUUUAAUAGAAACUGAAAAAUUAGAAACCUCAACAAGGGAGAAAGUGCCAGUGGAGACCGAUACUGUUACAGAAAUGGAGUCAAAUUUAAAGGAAACUGAAAGAAGUGACACCUCUCCCAGGAAGAAGAUACCAGAAAUGAUUGAGGUUGCUGUGGAAAUGGAAACAGAUUUCAAAGAAACUGGAAGAGAUAUUUCUUUAGGAAAGGAGAUACCAGAGGUGAAUGAUGCCAGUGAGGGAAAAAAGACAGAUUUGGAAGAAACUGGAAAAGGAGCACUAUCUCUACAAGAAAAUGCCCCAGAGGAAGUCAGCACUCUAGGUGACAUAGAGACAGGAUUGAAGGAGAUUGGCAAAGAAAACUCCCCAAAGGAGAAGGCACUAGUGGGGAUCAGCACCUUAGGGGAAAAGGAGAUUCAUUUGGCAGAAACUGCAAAAACAGGCAUUUCUCUGAUGGAGAAGGUACCAGGAGAGGUGAUUAUCACUGAGGCAACAGAGGCAUAUUUGAAAGAAACUGAAGGGGAAAUUCCCUUGAGGCAAAGGAGAUCUGAAGAGAUCAGUACUACUGAGGAAAUGGUGGCAGAUUGGGAAAAAACUGGAAACAUAGAUAUUUCUCUAAGGAAAAAUGAGCCAGAGCAGACGGAAACCUCAAGACAAACUGAGACAGAUUUAAUACAGACCAGUAGUGGUGACUGCAGCACUGUGCCCUCACAAAAUAUCAAAGACACUAGCAGUGAAAUACUGCCUGUGGUACAUACAGCUGUAGAAGAAAAAGUAAAUGUUGAAAAGGAAAUAUCAAGUCCAUCACAUCAUUCUUUUCAGACUUCUGAACCUGAUAAAGUAGAAGAGCAAGGGAUGCUGCUUCUGGAUAUUCCACAGCAGUGUCCAGAUACUAACUUAAGCAAACCUCUUCCUCAAGAACAGAAGCCAUUUGAAGUUAAAACAGUACCUUUUGUGAGAAGUCGAUUCAAAAAACCAAAACCAAACUUGGCAAGAGCAGCUUUAAAGAGAGAAACUAUGGAAGCAGAAAAAUGUAUACCUGGAAAGAAAUUGGAAACUGACAAAAUGGAGGCUGUUUCACAACAGAACAGUGAAAACACAAAUUCUCUUCCUUCACAGCAGGGUGUGAAUUCUCUAAUCACAUCAACAGAAAAAGACAAAUCAGAUCCUCUGCAGGAGGAGGCUGUGAUAUCACCAUCUGUACAGACUCAAAAGGACCUUUCAAGUUCUUUUGAACUUAAAGAGGAAUCCCAGUCUACAGAAUCCCAGGAAAAAGAAUUAGUUGCUUCUGUUGGGACUGAAAAUAUAAACACUUUGCAACAAGAAGAGAAAGGAAAUGUUACCCAAACUGCUCCUCCAAUAAGGGGCCGACUUCAGAGACCCAGACCAAACAUAAGAAGGGCAGGGCAAAAGCAAAUAGAAAAAGCUGAAGCUAAAGUCAUAAUUAGGGAUGAAAAGAUAAUACUACAAAAAGAGGAAACUGAAAAAAAAUUAUUGACUGUGGCAAAUUCUCCAAUUGGAACUGAAAUUGAAGUUGUAUCCUCCAAAGUUUCAGAAUGCAGCAUGAAUGAUAUUCUGGAUGAAAAGACAAGACAUGAACAUAGAACGCAUGCUCCUAGCCCUACACAUUUGAUAAGAAGGCAAUCCCAAAAAGCUAAGCCAAAUCUGGGAAAAGCACAUGGUAAGAAAGAGGGACCAUGUUUAGAGAAAGACAGAGCCAAUCAGAGCGAGGCAAAGAAGCCGGAAGAUAACUCACUGAAGCAUAGAGAUUGUGGCAUUCAGCUUCUUCAAAAAGAAAAGGCCACACUUCUGACAUCUUUGGAGGUUUCACCGAGAAGAGAUUGUGUAGAUUCCACAGAGGCUGGUUUGGCCAAAAGAGGUGCUCAAACAGACAUUGGCCCAUCAGGGAGUGCCGGAGAGAAAACUGUAGGGAAUAACACUGUGUCUUCAGUCGUUGAAGAGCAGUUUCUCAAUAAACUAACAAGCUCUUCACAGCUGUUAAAAGAAUCAAAUUACCCUAAAAUUACUCUGGAGCGAAGGUCUGGGGUUACUACUGCCUCUGAGAGUGAGCUAGAUCGUGGUGAAAAGAGAAUACAUCGAAAGAUCAAGCCAAGUGUCACCAAAGGGCGUGGAUCAAAACGAAUUCGGAGUAAGACUUUUAAGAAGGAACCUAGAACUUCAAAGGCCAUGUUAGUGACUCUUCGGGCUUCCCAGGAAGAAGAAGAAGAUGAUGCUGAAGAUUUUGAAGUUGACUAUGAAGAAGAAAGCUAUCAUCUUGCUCCAGAAGAACUAAACAAAGCUCCUGUGUUUGUACCUGUUGGUCUCAGAUCUCCUGAACCUGUUCCUUCUCAGAUUGAGGAAACGAUGGAAGAGCUUGAAAUAACUGUGAAUGUCCCAGAUACAGAAUGCAUAGCUGUUGUUGAACAUCAGCUCUCCAAUACAGAAGUAACUACUGAAGUAAUGAAACAAGAAGAAAAUUUGAAUGCAUUAUCAGUUGAAGUGAGCAGAGUUGAACAUACCCAAGAUGAAGCAGGUAUGAAUGACGGAAGCACAGAAGCUGCCAUUGCUUUACUUACAAUGGGAGAUCUGGUAUUGCAGUCAGAGAUCAAUACAGAACAGAGUGAUGGUAAUGUAAAUUACAAAAUUGUUCACGAAUGUCAGCUUUCUUCAACUAUCAAUAGUAUAUCUCUUGCAUCAUUAGAUGAAGACAAAAUUAUAUUGGAGGAACAAAGUACAAAAGAAAAAAUUGGUUUAAUGGAGAAAGUACAGGAAAACACUCUACCAACCAGGGAUGCAGCUUUUGAAGUGACUAAUAAUUUGCUAAAUCUUGAAACAAUUUUAGGGACAAGCAGACUUGGCGUUCAUCAGGAAGUUCCUAAUUUAUUUAUAACUGAAGAAGUAACUCAAAGAGAAACUGAGGAAAAUGCUUCUAAAGCAACAGAAUUAGAAGAUACAAAUCUUGGAUCAGUUAUAACAUUAGAGAGCAAGGAGCAGAGAGAACUGAUAUGUGUACAUGGUGUUGAAGAGACCAACAUUUCACAAGGAGUAAGCCUAACUGAAAGACAUGAAGAUCAAGAAGAAGGAUCUCAAGUUCAUAUAUUGUCAGUUGCUCCAGUUGUAUCCUCUGAUCCCAUAAGGUCCCACACACUUGAUGUGGGUAAUGGUCUUGCUAACAGUACUAUUGAAGAGCAACUUAGAAGGGACUCUAAUGGAGACAGUGUGCUUACACUUCAUGUGCCAGAGUGUACCCCAACUAGUAUUCCAGAAGUUCAACAAGAGAAUAUAGUCAGUUCUCAAGACCUAACAGUGAAUCUGGUUUCUAAUGUACAUGAAGAUGGAGAAGAUGAUCACACCUUCAUUUUGACUCUGGUGGAAAUCCCAGCCAAUGCUGUGGAAGAAUUUACUGACACCACUACAGAGUUAAUGCCAAACUCUUUGCUGCCAGCGCCUAUACUGGUCAAAUCAGCAAAUACAGAAGAAAGGGAAAACAUGAGUAUGAGUUUUCCAAUGACUACAGCUGGUCAGGAUGCCUUGUGUUCAUCUAACUGUAGAAGAGAUGAUUCUGAAAAGCCUCCUGCAGAUUUGGAUCUUCUAUCUAGGAAGAGAUUUCGUUGUAGGCUCAAUGAGAGUGACCAUGUUCCUCCUGCCAAAAAAAGUUCACUCACUUCAAGAGACAGUUGUCAGAAAUAUACCUCUGAGAUGUGUUCAAAGGAAUUAAUAAACAUUUUUGAGAAAACAGGGGAGUCUUACAAAGGACAAGAUGCCUUCCCUGCCUCAGGAAGCAUACAUAUAACUCCAGAACCUCAGAAAGAGCAACUUGAACCUUCAACUUUUCAGAGCAUAGGAUCUACAGCUAUUGAUAAAAUAAUAGAUACACAUAUAGUAAACAAUACACCUCAGUUACCUCAAGAUGAGAUGAUUGUUUCCGAUAAGAAUGAAAGAACUUGUUCUGCUGUUGAACAAAUGGAUAAGCAAUCAUCAUCAUCAAAAACCCCACUAUCCAGACCUGGCCGAAGACCAUUGGGAUUUUUGUCUUUGAUAUGUUCAAAGAAUACUUUGGAGUCUAAUGAACCUACUCAAGUUCAUAGUAAGAAGCGCCUAAAACCUCUUAUACCGGUAUCAAGACAGAAUUUGAAAAGAUCUAAUCCACUCAAUGAAAGUCAGAAGAAAGCUCAAGAUUCCUCUGAUCUGCUCCCAUCUCCAAGUAGUGUUAUUAAUACUCAAACUGAGGAUAUUAGCAGUUCAGCCACUCAGGUUUCUUGUGACCAUCCAUUACUGAAUGAAGAACGUAAAAGUGACCAAAACCGGCCUUCUGGGGAGGAGCCAGCUACAAUCUCUGAAUACUUCUUUAGUGAUAUCUUUAUUGAAGUGGAUGAAACAGAAUAAAAGCUCCUUUUUUUUUUUUUUUUUUAAGUCUGAAAUUUUCAGGGUCAAGUAUAUUGAAAAGCAGUAUUUAGAAAAUAGAUAACUCACUAUUUUUCUUUAGGUUGAUUUUGAAUAUGUAAUGAAAUUGCUUUGAACUUUUUAUAAUCAGUGGAUAACAUUGAGGUUUUUUUCAUUUGCAUAGAUUCAGCAUUUUGGAAACAUGAAACAAUUAAGACUACUUUCUCAGAAAUAACCACUGUUGUUUACAUUUUCACUCUUCCUGUGCUGAGCACAGAUGGACAUUUUGGAAUGUCCUGGAUAAUGUCUCUGUCUAAUCAUAGUGCUGAAGUAUUUGGAGGUGGAUUGUGUUUAACAUUUAAUUGAAAAUUCUUUUGUAAGAAAUUUUUCUGUUUGUUUUUUGUUUUUGGAUGGUGAAGGCCUUUUCAGUUGCUUCUAAAUAUGUGUAAGCAAAUUGUGAAGCUUCACUUUAGUAUAAUAAAUGUUAAAAGCUUUUCUAUUAUCAACUAUUUGCUGACUGAAAAAUAAGUAUUUUUCUAUUUCAUGUACAUGUAAUAUUAGUCCUAAUUGAAGAACUAGUAUUUAAACUUAUUAUUUAUAAAGAUGAAACAUCAGAAAGCUUAUUUAUUUUAAAAUUUUUAAUUUAAAACUAUAGUCAGUUUUAGUUAUUUUCAUCCCUGAGAUUGUGGGUAAAGAAGGCUUUAACAAAUUUGUCGCCCUCUUUAAUUUUAAAGAUGUUUAAAAUGAUGUAACUAAAAGUGUUUGGAUAGUGUAUAUGUUUUAAAAUUUUUUUCUCAUAGUUGAGUACAUUGACUUUGUACUGUGAAUUUUUUGCUUUUCUUUUUUUCUUGGAUAAUCUCAGGAUUUGUAUGGGGUGGGGGGGCCCUAACUUCAUUACAAGACAAAUUCCCAUACAGAAGGCAGUCUCCUGUUCCUAUAAACAUACAUUCCUAUUUUUGAAAAACAAUUUCUCCCUUCUUUCCCCCCACCCAUCCACUAAACUCUGCUUAAGGAACAGUUAGGUCUUUAAGCACAGAACAUAAUUCUGAUGUUAAAAAUAAAGUAAAAUAAUGUUUAGACUUUAUUAAUAAAGUCAAUGAUUAUCAUCAUUAUGAAUUUAAGGAUUGUUUUAAAUUUUGAGAUUUAUAUAUGUAAUUUCUUUAUCCAUCUAAGCAAAUCUUUGGUGUUUCUAUAAAUUUCUUAAAGAGCAGGUCUUAUUGUCUUAUUUGAAUGGUUUCUUCAGUUGAUAAUAUAUAUUAGACCAGAAAUCAGAACUGUUUUUUACAAAAUAUUUUUGAGUUUGUGGGCCAGGUGGUUUCUUUGGCAACUCCUCACCUUUUUCAUUUCAAUGUGAAAUCAGCCACAGCCAGUACUUUUAAUAUGAUAGACAUGAUUGGGUGGACUUUUUCUUUGAACCCUAAAUUAAACAAUACUUUUCUUGCUUUAAGGUGCUGACAUCUUUAUCAAUGAGAUAUUUAUCAUUGAAUUUAUGUGUUAUGUUUGAUAAUCAAAAUGGUGUUGAUCACGUUAUGAAACCACCAGUAUUUUAAUUGGGAAGGUAUUUUAAAGUCUAGAUAAUUGUUUUGUGUAUUGAAAAAUGGUGGCAAGCUUUUCAAGUUCAUUAGUAAAAUAGGAUAUGUGUCAGUAAGUAUAACAGUGAUCUUAAUUUAUUGAGAAUUGAUAUUAGAGUAUUUCUUAUUCAUUGCCUUACAAUGAAAUUUAUAUUUUAACUUAAGAGUCAUAAAGGAAUAUCGGUAAAUGAAUGGAAAUCCUCUUUGGAUAUUCAUUUAUUCAUGAUUAAUAUAUCACCAAAUCAUGGCAGUAAACAUUGCUAAUUUAAUACUCUGUUUUUGUAAAAUAAAAAAAAUCAUUCUGAAAAUAUUCUUUCUCUUAAUGUUAGACGGGGGAUUAGAUUGCCAAAUUAAAUCAUUAUUUUAUCAUCUCUGUAAUAUUUAUUUUUUUAACUUUACUAACAUCUGUCUCAUCUGUUUAUCUGUAAUGAAUUAAUUUUAUGGAAGAUGUAACUUUGAACUGUAUAAAGAAUAAUUUUAUCUGUGUGCAUUCAUUGUAUUAGAGAAUCAAGCCAACCAGCUAAAUUAUCCUACUGUUACAUUCUUAAAAUCUAGGAAAAGAGAAACUUAAUCAGUGUAUUUACCUUACCAGGUGGUAAGGCUUACUCAUCUAAAGACUUUAUGUAAAUUCAUGUACAGAUGAGAAGAAUUUGUAUUUUAUAAGUCUUAAGGAGAUAUGAUAAAGGUCUUUAUAUUUUCUUGAAUUUCCUCCUGAACACUUUAUUUCUUAAUAAGUGGUCCGUGUAAUGAUUUAAAAGCCUAUUUGUUGUUAAUAAUCAUUGUUUACCACCUUUUAUUUGAAAUAGAUGUGACCAUGUAAUGUAUAUACUAUGUUGCUUGAAGAAGUCUAACAAAAAAGCAGUAUCUGUCAUUUGUAAAUUUUCUUGUUCUAAAGAAAGCAGUUAUGUUCUAUAAAUAUAGAUUACGUAAAUAAAGGUUAUUUU